ACUCACUCACACAACCCAAAAAUACAUGUCAUGCAUAUGAUCAACCUGAUUCAUCAUCAUCACCAUCAUCAUCACAUAACACCAAUUUUCAUUUACCUUCAUCACCUAGCUAUAUAUAUAUACCUUCAUCACCAUUCCUCUUUCUUACAUUUCAUUUCAUACUUCAUCAUCACUUAUAAGCAGUUUUGAAUCAUGACUGCAGCAGCAGCACAUAUUGCUCGAACAGUUGUUGGUAUUAUAGGAAAUAUCAUCUCAGGCUUCUUGUUCUUGUCACCAGUGCCAACUUUUUAUGGGAUAUGGAAGAAAGGAUCAGUUGAGCAAUUUUCACCAGCACCAUACUUAGCAACACUUGUGAACUGCAUGGUGUGGACACUAUAUGGUCUGCCCAUGGUGAACCCGGACAAUAUCUUAGUGCUGACCAUCAACGGCUCGGGUUCUGUGGUCGAGAUCGUAUAUGUCACACUCUUCAUAAUUUACUCUAACCGCAACAAAAGGCUCAAGGUUCUUUUGUGGCUAAUUGUUGAACUCCUUUUCAUUGGAGCUCUUGCGUUCGUCACAUUGAUUCUCGUUCAUUCUGCCAAGAAACGAUCGGCCAUUGUUGGUACCACCUGCAUUGUCUUCAACAUUAUGAUGUAUGCUGCACCUUUAGCUGUCAUGAAAUUGGUGAUUGUGACUAAAAGCGUUGAGUAUAUGCCGCUUUCUAUAUCUCUUGCUUCCUUUGGAAAUGGUGUCGCUUGGACCACUUAUGCUCUCAUCCAAUUCGACGCAUUCAUCACUGUGCCAAAUGGGAUUGGGACAUUGUUUUCCGUGGUUCAGCUGAUUCUAUAUGCAACCUAUUACAAAUCGACGAAGAUGCAGAUAGCGGAAAGAAAAGCCAACAAGACGGAGGUGGAUCUGUCGCAGGUUGUGGUUGGCAAUGGUGAUCAAAAAUCCAAGACAAAUCAUUGAUCAUAAUGGAUUACUAAUAUGGAUGGUUGAUAGACUCGUCUAACCUACCAUUUGAUCAUGACUAGUACUGAAUUAAUGUUACUUUAUCCUCCUUUUGUUUUCCAACCUUGUUGGCAUGUUUGUUUUUAAGAUGCAAUGCCAUCAUUACCUAAAACAAUGUCUGAAGUUCAUAAAUUGCAUACCUUCCUCUUGCAUUUUCUGGUGAGAAAUGUAAUCAUAUCACAUUCAAUCCACCAGAACAGUAACUUCUAAAUGUCUUUUUCAAUAAUUUCAGAGUACUAAUUGUUGUUAUUUA